AAGCCCCGGGAGCCUGGGAGACAGCGCGGAGCAGGUGGCCCGCGCCCUUCAGCCAGUCCUGGACAGCUGCUUCCUGCCCCAACUGCUCGGGGUGGGCCCGGAGGCGGGGGCAAGGCUGGAAUAAAAGCACUACUGGCUUUCUACUUGCGUCUCUGCUUGUGGCCCCUGCGGCGCUGAGCAGCAGAGUCUCCGCCCUCCCGCGGCCCUUUAAAGUCUGGACAGGUGCAGCUCGGCACUGCCUCUGACUGGGUGGUGUGGGGUGACGCCCUGGCACAUGGCCCGCUCCCAUUGGCUGGGAGGUAGGUCCCGCCCCAAGGCUGCGGUGUUGUGGGCGGUUGUACGUUUUGCGCAAGCGGUGGCGGCCGCGGCGCCGAGGAGACAGCAGAAGGCGCCCGGGGGCUGAGGCGGGCCCGUUUUCCCUUGCCGCGGUCUCAGCGGGUCUGGAUCUUCCCCUGCUGGCUCCUGGGCCGUACCUUCGUUGCUUGUGAGGCUCGGAACCUGACCCCUUCUUUUCACAACCGGAUCCGUGCUUCUCCUAGGCCGGGUUUCCAGACUCCUCCCCCAAGAACGCCCAUCCGGUCUCUUCUCGCCUAAUAUUUGGAGUCUUAUCCCCUCUCCCAAAUCCUGCUGAUCUAGCUCCUGAUAAUUUAUCGAGACUCUAAAACAAUGGAUUGACUCCUUCCCCUUUGCCAAGUAUCCAGGCCGCCGCCCCCACGGUAACGGAGAUAACUUCUUUUUGGAAUUGCGGACCCACCCUUUCCCCACCUCCCGCCCCGCUUUUCUCCUUUAUUGGUCCCCAGCCUGGGAAAAGAUGGCCCCACAGUCCCCGAGGGUCCUGGUUUCAGCUCUGCUCUGGGUCCUGAACCUCUUUCUCAGCCUCCCAGGCCCUGUGUGGCUCCAGCCCUCUCCACCGCCCCAUUCUCCUCCCCCACCAGAGCCCCAUCCUUGCCAUACGUGCCGGGCGCUGGUGGACAGCUUCAACAAGGGCCUGGAGAGAACCAUCCGGGACAACUUUGGAGGUGGAAACACUGCUUGGGAGGAAGAGAAAUUAUCCAAAUACAAAGACAGUGAGACCCGCCUGGUAGAGGUACUGGAAGGCGUGUGCAGCAAGUCAGACUUCGAGUGCCACCGCCUGCUGGAGUUGAGUGAGGAGCUGCUGGAGAGCUGGUGGUUUCACAAGCAGCAGGAAGCCCCAGACCUUUUCCAGUGGCUCUGCUCAGACUCCUUGAAGCUCUGCUGCCCCGCUGGCACCUUCGGACCUUCCUGCCUUCCCUGUCCGGGGGGCACGGAGAGACCCUGUGGUGGCUAUGGGCAGUGCCAAGGGGAAGGGACUCGAGGGGGCAGUGGACACUGUGACUGCCAGGCCGGCUACGGGGGUGAGGCCUGUGGCCAGUGUGGCCUUGGUUACUUCGAGGCGAAGCGCAACGCCAGCCAUCUGGUAUGUUCGGCCUGUUUUGGCCCCUGCGCCCGCUGCUCAGGACCUGAAGAGUCACACUGUUUGCAGUGCAAGAAGGGCUGGGCCCUCCAUCACCUCAAGUGUGUGGACAUUGACGAGUGUGGCACGGAGCGUGCCAGCUGUGGAGCUGACCAGUUCUGUGUGAACACGGAAGGCGCCUAUGAGUGCCGAGACUGCGCCAAGGCCUGUCUGGGCUGUAUGGGGGCAGGGCCAGGCCGCUGCAGGAAGUGCAGCCCUGGCUACCAGCAGGUGGGCUCCAAGUGUCUAGAUGUGGAUGAGUGUGAGACGGCGGUGUGUCCAGGAGAGAAUGAGAAGUGUGAGAACACCGAGGGUGGCUACCGCUGCAUCUGCACCCAGGGCUACAAGCAGGUGGAGGGCGUCUGCGUGAAGGAGCAGAUCCCGGAGUCGGCGGGCUUCUUCUCGGAGAUGACAGAUGACGAGCUGGUGGUGCUGCAGCAGAUGUUCUUCGGGGUCAUCAUCUGUGCGCUGGCCACGCUUGCUGCCAAGGGCGACCUGGUGUUCACCGCCAUCUUCAUCGGGGCGGUGGCGGCCAUGACUGGCUACUGGUUAUCGGAGCGCAGUGACCGCGUGCUGGAGGGAUUCAUCAAGGGCAGAUAAUCUCUGUUGCCAUGCAUGGGAUCUCCUACCCAGGCCACCCUGAGGUUGGUACCUCCUAUGGACAGUUGAGGGCUACUUGGUUUGCUUUUGAGUAGGGUGACAUGCCCUGCACGCCUUACAGUGCAGCCCGGCACCCAGGCCUGGGUGUGCGUGGCCCCAGGGCAGGGUGACAAAAUAGCCUAGAAGCUGGAUGAAACCAGAUCUUUGCCUGGGGUGACUGGCUAGGUCACACAGUGUGUGAAUUUUGAGAGCGAUGUUUCUCCUUUUGAUGGCUUUGUGUGAGCCUUGGCCCCUUCCCAGGACGAGAGGGGUCCCUGCAGGGUCAGGGCCACCACCGCCCUCUCCUGCCAGCUGCAUGCUGUCAGCUUCCAAUCUGUAUUCACCUCAUUCCCUCAGCCAUUAUUUAUUCAUCUCAGGAAAUAAAGAUCU